AUGCGAGCCUCUCAUGCUCGUCUGACUUUUACAAGCCUUUGCAUCGAGACGUGGGGUUUCUACGCGUUCCUCGAGAAGCUGGGAAAGCGUCAAGAAAUGUUCUGGCUUGGAGGUCAGCCUGGCAAGUCCCCACGCGGAGGCCGACAGCCCCAGGGACCUAUCGCUGAAGAUCUGAUGGUCCUCCACGAUAAGGAUCCGGCCCGGUACGAGGCUACGCUAGAGAACGCCCCCAAUCCGGCGAAGAUAGAUGCUUAUGGAUAUCCCCAAGUGCUCUCCUUCCUCGAGUUCACCGACGCCUUAAAUCCCAAGGUCAUCGCGAAGAAUCGCCUCUCCAUGACUGCGUUGGCACGUAUUCGGCAGGAUCUCACGUCAGGAAUCAAGCUCAAGACUUCAUGGAUUAUCAAUCCGAACGUCGACCCUUGGAAGGCUCUUAUCAAUUACGGCGGCGUCAAACAGCGCCAACUCGACGUUAUGGCCCAGAUAGCCGACCGGACUUACGAACUCCCUUCCAUCGACCCGCCCUCUCAGAGGGAACGCGAUCGCGAAGACUGGUCGGACUUCGAGGACGCCGGAAAUGACGACGAUCAAGCUGCCUCUUCUAGCGCAGGCUCAGGCACGCCGGCUCAAGGUGAUGACGGGGACGCCAACGAGGAUGACGAAGACGGAGAAGACAAGGGCGACGAAGUCGACGACGAAGAGGACAACGGUGGCGACGAGAACGACUCUCCGAACGUCCACGUCUUGUGA